AUUUGGCCCCUCUCCGAGUAACCUUAUAGCCACACAGUUAAGCGCGGUGCCAAUCAUAGUGCUAUGACCCUCAAUAUAGAAACCCCAUCCACCAUCGUUGUUCUGUCAAGGAUAUAUUAAUUAGAAUCAUAAUAUCUUAUCCUUGGUAUCCAAUAUGGUGAUAGCUUUUAACUCUUACUUGGUCAUUAUAGAUAUAACGAAUCAUCUCCUUCCUGUGUUCGUGAGUUAAAACUGCAUUAAUUGUUCCACUGAUGUGCACUCUUGAAUAAUGUACAUUAAUUUUACUAACUGAAUAAUGAGUACAGAGAGAGAAACUAUCCACUCUUGCUUCAAGUUUUAUUAGUGAUUAACAUAUUUGAUGUUGGUAUUAUAAUCUUUUAUGGCUUUCUAGUUCAAUAGCUAUGUACAUAUAUCUUUUACUUAAUGCCUCUGCAAGAAUAAAAUUUCAGGACAUAGAGUGCAACUGCGAAGAAGUUCAAGACUACAACGUUGUAACACAACCUUCAGCAAUACAAUAAACGAUCCAAUUAACCUUGAAGAAUCUCCAGUUGAUAGGACUAUGGAACAAGACCAGCAAACCAGUACUCCUAACAAAUCUGAAGGAAGUGCACGAAAAAAAUUUAAGCGAUUACGGCACAAAGUGACAGCUGGAAAACUAUUUCACUCUGAUGAGGAUGAGCAAGAGUCAUAUUCAAUUCUAGAAUUAUAUAGGACUGAAUAUGAAGAUGCACAACUUGAAAAUCAAGCUGCACAAACUCAACCACAAGAUCAAGCUGCACAAACUCAACCACAUGAUCAAGGUCCACAUGAUCAAGCUCCACAAGAUCAAGCUCCACAAGAUCAAGAUACAGAACCACAAGAUGAAGCUGCACAAGAUCAAAAUACAGAACCACAAGAUCACAAUCAAGCUGAAGAUGAUCGAGAUCACAAUCAAAAUGAACAGGAAUCUCAAGAAGAAGCUCAAAAUGAACAUGAAUCUCAAAAUGAACAAAAAGCUGACAAUAUAAAAGUUAGAAAGUGGAAAUGAAAAAAGACUGAAGAGGAGGAUACACACAAUGCUCAUGAUCAUCCUGUAACAAAAAGGCCAAACAUUAAGCUGCCAACAAAGAAACAGGCACAAGAAAAUUAUGAGGAUCAGCGCGCUGAAGGUGCAAAACAUUUACACAGAGCAAAAGACGAAUUGAGACUCAGAAAUUCACCAAGACUCUUUAGUCAAAUGGUGUAUGAUCUCACUGAAGAACAGAAAAACUGGGUGCGAAGCACUGGAUUGGGACCUCUUCUUGAUUUCUCCUUGGAGAUGAUUCCUGGGAAUUUAGCAUAUAAUAUCUUUCAGAUAUUUGACCCAAACACCGUUUCCCUCAAUCUCAAGAACCAAAUAGUAUACAUCACUGAAGAAGAUGUGUAUGAGGUCCUCGGGUUGCCAUGUGGAGGUCAGACAAUAACACUUGGAUCAUAUGAUUACUACCGUGAUAGAACUCAGCAGUGGUCAUCUCAGUUCGAAACAAUAGCAGAAAGUAAUCAUGUGACUGUUGCCAAACUUGUUCAGAUGAUCAAAAAACAAGGCGUCUCUGAUAAUUUCAAAAUUAAUUUUUUAAUUAUGAUGUCAAACGUUCUCAUAGGAACGCCUACGUACUCAUACAUUGACAGACAACUCCUCAGAUUACAUGGCAAUUUUGAUGAGUGUUACAAGUACAACUGGGCAGAGUUCUUGAUUGGUUACCUUGUCAAUGCCACUCAAACUUGGAAUGAAACUGCAUCUACAUUUUUUAGGGGUUCAUCCAUCUUCUUAAUGAUGUUUUAUGUCGACCGAGUAAGACAUAAAGGAAUUAAGCUUGUUGAGAGGCGCUUCCCUUCUUUUAGAGGCUGGACAGAAGAUAAGUUGAAAGAAAGACAGGCAAUUGAUGUAUACGGCGGACCUUUUGGAUUGGGCUAUGUUAUGGUUCCAUUAAGGGAGGUGCCAUCACAGACUCCAAAACAGUAUGCAAAAGCAAGUAACCAAAAUAAAGAAGCUCCUAUGCAAAAUCCAGACUGGGAUGAUUGGAAUGCUCAUCAGAAUGAUGACGUCCUAUGGGAAGAAUAUGAAAAUAGGCAUAAACAAACAACUGCAAAUGGAUGUGAAACAUUUAAUGAGAACAAUGACCCUAAAGAUAUGCCUGGUGCUGGUGAACAAGAAGAACCAGAUAUUGAAGUUGAUAAAGAAAAUGGUAAUCCACAGGCAUCAGGAGCAAAGGAUGUGGUUGAAAACCUCCGGGAAAUGGCUCAAGAUUUGAUUGAAACAAAGCUCUUGUUUGACACAGAGCUGAAGUUGGCAUUGGAAAAAGAGCCGGCUAAUAUAGGUCUUCUGGAUAUCCAACAGCUCAUCAAUGAUUUAUUUGGUCAACAGAAAACAAGUAACAUCCCCAGAAACUCCUCGCCAGAUACAGUCUUGGAAGAUGAUUUUAAAUUGAGACGAGAAGAAGUCCAACAAAUUGAUCUUAUUCAUUUUGUCCAAUCAGCAAAAUCAACUGUCAAGACGACCACCUUAUUUGGUGAGGAUGACAAAAAGGAUGAAUACCCAUCCUUUUCACUUGGGAUAGAUGAAGACAUCAAUGGAAAUCAGGCAGAACAAGCUGCUAUGAUAGAAGAAGCUGUUCCGGUAGAAGAAAAUGUGCCAAUUCCAGCAACUGAAAUUACUCCAAAACCAGCAUUAAGAGAGAAGAGUACAAGAGCCUUGAAGAUGGGUCGAUACGGAAAAUCUCCAUUUCUUGAAAGAGUGAUUGACAUCUCUUCAAAAAUAACAAAUCAAGAAUUUGGCAUUUGGAGAUUUAUGAUUCAAAACAAAAAUCCAAUGUAAGUUUCUUCUUUCUUA